AUGUCUGUGGACGCUACAGUUCGCCACGUCUUCGGCUACGACGGUUGUGCCGGUGAUUCGCCACCUCUGCAACUUGCAGACGAAACCACGUUAGUGUAUGUGAGUGGCCACACGCUGCACUUCACGUCCACAACGAGUCCUAGCCAGCAUUUCCUGCUUCGCUCUCAGCCUCGAAAACUCGUGGCUUUCGACUUUAAUUGGAAAACUUCAACAUUCGCCAUUGCAGCGCGGGAGCCAGAAGCAGCCAUUUCGUUGUAUUCGUACCCGGACAAGAAGCUUAAGGACCAGCUAAAAAGUACUGUCGAUCAAGUUCUUGAGUAUUCUUUAGUAAAGUUCUCUCGCUGUGGUCGUCGACUACUGAGUAUUCGUCCCGCUCCACCGGAAGGUACCGAAGCCAGAGAUCCCGUACUUUGUGUAUGGGAUGUGGAAACUUUAACACCAGUGCCGGGGUGCGAACAUUCGCGUAUAUCCGGACCAGCACGCUUCGCUUCUUUCGAUCCUGGUAACAUUAACCAGUUCAUUGUCGGCGGUGACAACGGACUUCAGAUCUGGAAAGUAUAUGCUGGUAAAACUGCAGCGUCAAGUUUAUUGAGACCGGAGACGGUGACGCUACCAGCUCCGCUUAAAGAUGACGGUGAACAGCCUACCGACGUCGAGCUGGAAGAGAAGCGCACGCAGUUCAGCUGUCACGCUUGGCUCCCUCGUAGUCGGUUUCUGGUUGCCAAUUUGGCAGGAAAUUUGCUUCUCGUGAAUGCUAUUGAUGCCAAGGUGUUGCAACAUAUCAAGACAGCUACUCGACCGGAUCGAUGCUACAUAGCAGGCAUUGUGGCGACAGCGGAGACGGUUGUGGUGGCCUAUUCCGACGGGGCAUUAGCGUGGCUCCAAAUGGACAAUUGGGAGUUGUUAACCACUGGAAUGCUUCCUGGAGGUCUAACCGGUUCGAUUGUGACGGUCAUGACACCGACGCCAACAUACGCGAAAGCCUAUGUGGGUACUCGCAAUGGUAAAAUCUUCGAGAUUCAUACGAGUGUUUUGCAAGACGACGAGGAAGAUGUUGAGAAUGAAGACGAAGAAACCAACACACAACGAUCUGCUCAAUCCAGUCGUCGGAACGACGAAUCAUCUCUAGUAGUUCCGUGUGCGAGUUUCCCGACCGGACCAGCAUGUGAUAGUACCGUAUUCACUCCGUUUGGAGGCACCUUCUCGGCGGACGCAUUGAUAGCAACAGGAGGCAUGAACGGCUACGUUGCACUCUGGGGUCUUCGAGACUGUCGCCAAGCUGCAGAAAUCAACAUCGCUGCACUGUUUUCACAAGAUCCAGCAACAAUUGGAGCUCCAAGCGAUUCAAACUCUCGACCAGGAACCAGUACGACGGAUCUCAAUACCGAAUCAACUACAACUCCCUCUCCUGUGAUCAUUACCGCAUUGGCAUCACGACCAGGAGAUCCCAUAGUGAUGAUCGGCGAUCAUCAAGGAAGACUGCGAUCGCUCUGUAUUGCAAAACUCGUCGGUGGAGGAGACAAAAUUGAAGUUUUCCCGCAACACUCGAUGCAGGUGCUGCCUGUUGAUGCCCCACUUGACCUUCUAGCAAUGCACCCGACACACCCAAUACUCCUGGUGGCAUCUACCCAUAGUGGACAAGUCUUUUUGUUGUCCAUGGAUCACGAAAAGCGGUUCCCAGUACAGGCGUUUUUCACGCUGCGAGAGCCAAACGAACGUAUCGUGGAUAUCCAAUGGAAUUCCACGGGUACUAGCAGUAGUUCCCUCACACUCACAUGUUUCUCGUCACGUGGGUUAUUCUACAGUGUACGAUAUCAAGCUCCACCUCAAGAGGAUAUCUCGGUGGGUAGUGGUGCAUCCGGUCGUCGCGAUGUGUCUCCAAGAGGAGCUCUGCAGAUUAUCCCCAAAGUUAUCGCUUUUGGUGAAGCGGUUCUUCCGAUGUGCGCUCGUUUGCGUUUCCUGGCUGGUCCUUCGAGUAGUAUGAUGAUCGCAACUUCACCAGAUCGUCCAGAGCUGACGCUCUUGAAAUACCGAGACGUACUACAUGAAUCCACGGACGAGAUCGGUAUUCUAUCCAAAGUUCUGAUCAAAAGCGCUCACGCUCGUGGGAUUUCGGCUGUCACUUUGUUUCCUCGCGUUCUUCAGGGAGACGUGGAGCUUCUUGUUACCGGCGGAAUGGACGGUGCAGUCACGCUUUGGAUGCUCGCAGCAGUGAAUGCUCGGUACCAAUCGAAGGUUUCAGACAGCGACUCUGGUACUUCAGAUGAGCUGCAAGAGAUGCAAGCUACUAAAAAGCGCACGCUGGUGCUUCACAACGGUCCAGUGACCACUUUACGGUUCGUCCUCACUAAAGGAGGAACUCCUCCUGCUGAAAGUGGCGGCCCAGCAAACAUCCAAUUGAUUUCUACUGGUGUGGACGGUUGUGUCUUCCUCAUGGAUGUGAGAAUGUCAGCUGAGCUGCAUGGAGAAGCUAUAGGUUUCAGUAGCACGCAGAGCUCUGAUCCGACCAUGAAUCCUCUCUAUAUGAACGUGGUUUCGACAGUCAAAUACGACGAUGUUUUCCAACCUGAACGGGAGCAAGAGCGUACGCCGUUCCUAGAGGCUCGAAUGCGUGCUGAGACGAUGGCAGCUCGAGAUCGAUUCGAUCGUGGCAAGGAUGCCACACGUGUCAAACUACGUGAACUUGAAGGAAGGCUUAAAGGUAUGCUGAGCGAGAAUGAGCAGCUACCAGAGAGCGAACAGCUCGCACGAGACGAAUUUGUGCUCAACGUAGCGUGGCGUGACAAUCUACUAGCUCAACAUGCUGCACGCGCUCAACGUGUGCGAGAAGGGAUCGCACGCGACCUCGCACGAAUGGCGAUUGUUCGCGAGCGAAUGAAGCGUGAAUUCUGGGAUAUAGCAGUAGUUCCAGGUGUCCGUCUCAACGCUCUGUCACCUCCUACAACCACUGCAGCUCAGCAACAACAGCAACAGUCCACAACGACACAAUCAGCUCCAUUUUUUGUUAACAACUUUCCAAUGCGACGGCAAACUCCACGUGAGCAAAAGCUCGACAAACAGAUCGCUACACUUCGACUAGUCGAAUUCUCGCACCAUCAACAAGAAGACCAUGAGGGGCAUUCAUCCGAUGUUCGUAAGCGAUUCCAAGAAUCAAUUCCGAGUGAUCUACAAUGGGUUUUAAACACUGGAACACUGCAUCCGAAGUUCCAGAUAGGGAACACUUCUACUGAUGCCGAAGUCUCCGAGUACGCUAAACUACCAAGCUUCCACUUUGUGUAUCACCCUGCAGCUGUACGCACACACAAGCAAGCUCGAGUACAAAUGUACUUGCUAAGUUGCUACGCACGUGAGCUCCGAAAUGUUUUUAACGCCGAAUUCCAGGAACUUGUCCGUCAAAAGGAGAAUACGAUGGAGCAGAUUGAGGCCAAGAACGCUCGUAUCAUGGAGAUUACGACCGAGUUAAACGUCGGGAAUGCUGGAGAUUUGUUUAAACCGCAGUGGGCGCCAGAGGAGAAAGCGGAUUCCAUCCUCAAGGUUUUACCGGAAGAGAUGACGCAAAAGCCAUACGAAACCAAUGAACGUCGCAAACAGCGCGAGCGAGAGGCUCAAGAAGCAGCUGAAAGGGAGAAAGCUCGUAAGAAAGAUGACGUUGGAGGACGCGCUCUAAUAGACAUGAUGGACGGCACACUUGAGGUCAGGAAGGAUCCACUAGCAGCUCAGGAAUUAGUGAAAGAAGCGUGGAUGUUGAGUAUCCCACCGGAGGAGAUGACAGCGGAGCAAAAGAAGCUCGUAGCUCAGUUUGAAGCUGCCCAGGCCAAGUUUGAAGAAGAGAAAGAGAAAUAUCGCAAGAGUCUGGACUUGGAACUGCGCAAGACUCGAGGAGAGGUGGCCGAUUUGUGUCGUGCAUUUGAUGAAAAGCUACGAGCCUUACGUGAUCGAUACAUGGCUACACAUCGCUCUGUACUCGCUCAAGAACUCUACGAACUUCGAUUAGGUGAGGAGCUUAUGGCUCGUGAACAACUGGAACUCGAGACAGAACGCCUUGAAGAAGAUGUACACAAACUGCAAGACAUUGAAGCACAAGCUCAAGCGGAGAGCGACCGCUUUGCAGCGCAGCUAGAAGCCUGUCGAGAAGAGUUACAUCGCGCUACUGAAGAAGAUAAAUUACUCGAAAAGAGUUUCAUGCGUGAGCUCGAAGAGAUGAUUCAGAAUAGUGCGAGUGCAGGUGGAGUGUCAGCGAGCACAAGCCAACUGGACUCUCCGGAGUUCACCAAGCAUCUCUUAGAGCUUUACCGUAAGCGUAAGCCGGAUGACUUUGUGUCAGCUUCUGGUCAAGAUACUGCCAAACGUACACCUUCCGCUGGGAUAGCAAAUCGUUCCAGGGGCAGCGCUAAGCAACGCUUACUGGCUGAGAGUCACAGCGGUGAAGGAGGGUCUUCACGUUCGCUAUUAGUGAAGCAGACGUCUAAGAACAAUGUCGAGUCUGAAACCAAUCUGGAUCCGUUCCAGAAUCUGGACAGACAACAACGUGGUAAUUCGAAACGUGGAAGUUUAACAGGUUUCGAGCCUGGCAGCGAGCAGCUCGUUGUUGCACCGCUGGACUACGUAGCGGAUCGUCCAGAAGGUGUCCUAAUUGAGGAUCGUAUCUGGCGAGCCUUGAAUGCUCUGCGGGCCAAGAAAAUCCUUGCGGAACACGCAGUACGUGAGAAGUCGGAGUUGUUGACGCUCGCCAAGGCUGUAAAUGACGAGCUUCGUACCAAUCUGUCGGAGUUACAACGACGACGUAGGAAGCACCAACGAGAGCGAGAGGGUUUGACCCAACGCCGCACAACGUUGACUGAGAGUGCUCCUUUGCUUGUACGCAUUAAACAGGGCCAAGACGAAACCCCCGUCGGUAGCAGCGGGGAUGACGCGCUGCUUGUUGCUCGAACGAGUGUCGAAGCACUGAAUGAUGUGAUUCAACUACACGGCAAAGACCAAGUCGGCAUCCUCGGUCGUAUCAAAGAUUUCCGUAAGAGUAUCAACGUUAUGGAAUGGGAACACGCUUUGCUGGAACUUCAGGCACGCGAUAUGGACGAACGAUACACGGACAUCCAAUUGUUACGUGUGACUAAGGACUUACAAGAGCUCUUCCAUACUGGAGACACAUCCCACAAGCAGAAGCGCGAAGCUGCCAUGCUCGAGGCUAAAUUGGUGCAUCUAGGUCGCCACCAUCAAACAACGCUGCUUAAGCUGGAGCGAACGGGUUCCCAUCUAGAGCGCCAACUGAGAGAACGUGAGCGCGAGAACCAGAAUUUCCAGCAACAAGUGGCACAACUUGAGAUUCAAGUGCAGAUUCGUGAGGAUAUUCUAGCAAGUCGAACGAGUGCGGCGAUGCGUCAGAAAAGAAGUGGAGGUGGUCGGGGCGACGAUACGAGACUCAAGGCCAUUGCGGUGAGACGUAAAUUGGUUGAUCUAGCGAAGGCUCAGACGGAUGAGAUCGAGUAUUUGCGUCUGGAGCUCGACAAAAUGAGAAGACGUACCUUUCCAAGCUUCGCGCAUGCACACGCCCGUGAUUACCACGACGUGGACUGA